AGCCGGACAGCAUAUCAAGUUGGGUAGCCUGGCCGUGCGCUGCCAUGACUUCUCUGGCUGCUUUAUCCGGAGCUUGCUUGGCUGGCUUGGGCUGCGGCGCGGGCAUUGUCAAGAUGAAGACGGCCGCCGUCGCGUCAGGCGGUGCCCCCGCAAGCUCGGCACAGAGGGUCGGGACAAAAAUCUCCGCAAGUCCGGCAACCGAGAAGACCCGAAUUGCUCAGUGCAAUUGCGGACAGCUUCAUGCAACAGUCACGGGACCUGACCCACAGCGGAUCAGCUUGUGCCACUGCUACUUGUGCCAGAAGCAGUCGGGCAACAUCUUCGCGGUUCAGGCGCGGUUCCCAAAGGAGCAGGUAGUAAUCGAGGGGAAGUCGACGACGUGGAAGAUUUCCAAAGACACGGCGGAUCAGGUUGGGUAUGCCAAUUGCGCCAGCCUCGCGGCAGGCGCGACCUUCCAUUUCUGCCCAGUUUGCGGCUCCACGGUUUGGUAUACCGCCGAUUCCGAUUCAGCACGAGUUGGCAUUAAGGUCGGCUGCUUCACAGACCCAACCUUCCCGCAGCCAAUGUUAUCAGGUUUUGAAUCCUAUAUGCAUCCGUGGGCUUUGGACACGGCCGUUCUGCAGGUGCAGCACUUGAAGUAGCUAUCUGAUUACAGGCCGCAGGCGGCAUGCUGGGCCUCUUUUGAGGCCGAGCUUUGUGGAGAAAAGGA